CUCCUGUCGUCUUGCACAUGCAGGAAGUGUUGCAUCAAGGGAAGCGGAGGCAAAAAUGGCAGCGCACAGGUGCGGUUUGGCUCUAGCAUUUAUUUUGUUAUUUUUUAUCUUAGAGCACCGCGGCUCCUGUGAUGUUCUUGAAAAAUCAGAUGAUAAUAGAGAAGAAAAACAAAGCGCUUCAGACGCGUCGCGUGAGCUUAACACCGAUGCUAAUAAUAUCAUUGGGGAUGAUCCGAAUGAAAGGCAAUGGCAAUCGACAGAUGUUGAGAUGGAUAAACCGGUUGACGCGACAGACAGUGAAUCUUCUGCACCACCAAAAGUAAAAGAUCAGUUUCAGGAGGAGUUGGUCAUCCGACCCCUGCACUCCGGUGACAUUUAUGCAAGCUUCCAGUUCCGCACAGUAUGGGACACAGAUUUCUUACUGGAGGGAGAGAAGGUUUUCCAUUACCGGCUCUUCCCCAAAUCCCUCGGCCAGGUGCUGUCCAAGUUUUCUGUGCGGGAGCUGCACAUCUCCUUCACCCAGGGCUACUGGAGGACCAUGCAGUGGGGACAGCCCUUCAUCCCCUCUCCACCUGGAGCUGAGCUCUGGGUCUGGUUUCAUGACACUGUCGCUGAUGUGGAUGGAAACUGGAAGGAGCUUACCAAUGUCCUCUCUGGAAUCUUCUGUGCGUCUUUGAACUUCAUUGACUCAACCAACACAGUGCAACCCAGUGCUUCAUUUAAACCGCUCGGUCUGGGAAACGCUACAGAUCACCGUUUUUUACGAUACGCAACAUUGCCACGUGAGAUCGUCUGCACUGAAAAUCUGACGCCCUGGAAGAAACUUCUGCCCUGUGGUUCUAAGGCAGGUUUGGCUGUUCUCAUGAAGUCAGAGAAGCUGUUUCACAGUAGUUUUCACUCUCAGGCUGUCCACAUCAGACCCGUCUGCCAGGAUGGGCAAUGCACCAGCACCGCAUGGGAGCUGAGGCAAACUCUCAAUGUCGUGUUUGAUCUUUACACUUCGGGUCAAGGCAAAAAGGAAUGGUCCCUGUUUAAGAUGUUUUCUAGGACUCUGACGGAGGCCUGUCCUCUUGCGUCCUCUAGUAAAGUUUAUGUGGAUAUCACAGAUAACCCUGAGGGGGAGCAGUUUGAGCUGAGCCCUGCCACUCCUGUCCUCAGCCAAGCUGUGGUGUUGGGGGAUCGCAGGACGUAUUCGGUGUACGACCUGACCAAAGCUGAGACUUUCGGACAGUUACGAUCACUCAAUCUUCUGCUACGAUGGAAAGGAGAAAGCGGUGAAAUGUUGCGUCCUCUGCUGCACGCAGAACGCUAUGUGGCCGGUUUUGGCCUUCAAACAGGGGAAAUUCACACUGUAAUCUACAAUAACCACCCAUUUCGAGCUUUUCCAAUAUUGCUGCUGGACUCCAUACCCUGGUACCUGAGGUUGUACGUUCACACCCUGACGGUCACAAGCAAGUCCCGUGAUAACAAACCAAGUUACAUUCACUAUCAGCCCUCUAAAGACCGCCAGCGUCCUCAUCUGCUUGAGAUGCUGAUUCAGUUACCCCCUCAUUCUGUGACCGAGGUCACCGUACAGUUUGAACGAGCCCUGCUCAAAUGGACCGAGUACCCUCCUGACCCCAAUCAUGGCUUCUAUGUUGGAUCUUCUGUGAUCAGUGCUCUGGUGCCAAGUAUGGUUGCAAUGAACACAAACUUCACACAGGAGCAACCGUUGUUUAGCACUUUUUUCCCAGUAAAAGAGGAAUCGAACUACUUCAUACGAGUCUACACCGAACCUCUGCUGGUGAAUUUACCUACACCCGACUUCAGCAUGCCGUACAACGUCAUCUGUCUCACCUGCACGGUGGUCGCGGUGGGAUACGGCUCAUUUUACAACUUGCUGACCCGCACGUUUCAGGUGGAUGAGCCGGGCCUGCCGCUGGCGAAGCGUCUGGCCAACCUGAUUCGUCGCAUCAGGGGAGUCCCACUGCUGACCUAACAGCUGAAAGAACUGUGACACUAAAACAACGGCAACUACUGGAGCUUUAAUAUGCUUUUUGGCCCUGUUAGGACCUGAAGACUUACUGUAUGUUUAACAAAUGAGCUCCUGUCUAUUACGGAUAAGUGUUUGGAUUAUUUUUCAGGAAGAAAUGUUUGUAAAAUUUUAACAACCGUGGCUUGUGAUGAUAAUGCACGGUUCGGUUUGCUCAGGCAUAGCAAGCACAGCCAAGGACAGGCGGUACAGCGUAACUACUGAUGAUGGAAACUUGCUAAGAAUGAAACAAAUAGUUUCCAAUUGCUGUAAUGCACUUUUAUUUAAAUACAUGUUGUUGUUUUGAAAGAUUGGACUGUUUUUACUUUUGUGCAGGCAUGGAAAGAUCACCAGGCUGGGUGCUGUUUUAUUCAGAUUGUGAAGCAGAUCUCUGAAUCUGUCCAAUAAUAAACUGAACAGAUACGAAUAA